CUGGCACUUACUUUUAUUUUUAUUUCUUUUCUUUUUACCGCCCACCUUCCCUUUCCCCCUUUCCUUACCCGACAAACUCUCAAAAAACCGCAGCUUUACGCUGUCCCUUCCUCUUGCGCUUGCACACCGCAUUGACAACUUUCUUCCUCGGAAAACUUCCCUGUCUCUCAUUCUCACUUAACGAUCUCCUCCAUUAACGGUUCCUUGCGUUAUCAUCACAAAAUAUUACAUAGCCUAUCGUAAUUUUUGGCGUUCAUUCUUCCUCCCCCUUUUUUUUUUUCCUCAUCUAACUGCUUGUCUGCCUGCCUACUUGCCAUCUCCAGAAAAAGUCUUAAAUACUUUUCAACCUCCAUUUGCAUUUCUCGUCUUUUUCACCAGACCCGAAAUUUCACCUCUCUUCUCAGCUAAACACCAUCGACACUUGGAAAUCAUUUUAUUUUUUCCUCCUUCUUCUUUUGACAAUGGCAGCCGAAAAGAAGCCUAUGCAGACCAAGAACAAGGUCUUGAUCGCCGGUAUCUCCCUCAUCAUUGUAGCCGGUAUCGCCGUUGGUGUUUACUUUGGUGUCCACAAGAACAGCAGCUCGAUCAAUAGGCGGUGCAACGGUACCCCUACUACAUCUGCACCGCCCACAUCCACCACAGCUGUCACACCUCCGGAUCAAAAGGGAACCAUGAUCAAUGGUACCCUGUUCCCUUACUAUAACUUGACUGGUGAGGCCCCCGCACCCGUCGGCUUCCUGACCCCUGGAACGUACUCUAUCUCAUACGAUGAUGGCCCCUCUGAGUACACGCACGAGCUCCUUGACAUGCUUGACAAGGAGAAUCUCAAGGUGACGUUUUUCGUGAACGGUAACAACCAAGGUUGUAUUUAUGAUCCCAAAGUUCAAUCAGUCCUCAAGCGCGCCUUUGAAUCCGGUCAUCAAAUCGCAUCCCACACUUGGUCUCAUCCUCAACUGCCUAAACUGUCCGUUGAAGGAAUCACGACUGAGAUGACGCGUUUAGAGCAAGCCUUCCAAGAUAUUCUGGGUGUCGUUCCCCGAUAUAUGCGUCCUCCCUAUGGCGCUGGAACAUUCGGCCCUGCAGACACAGAUGCCAAGGUUCAAACCACACUCAAGAAUUUAGGUUAUGUCAUCACUACCUGGGAUAUUGCAACCACCGAUGCGGAUAUUGAUGAUAACAAUGCGGUCCAUAAAUUGUCUGAUGAACAGUUGAUGAAGGUGGAACAAGGCCAAGUCACUUCUGUGGUUGAGACGGGUCCAAAGGGCGCAACUCAUAUGCAGUUGAUGCAUGAUACUUAUAUGCGUACAGUUCGAUUGAUGACUCCUUGGACCAUCAACUAUGCCAAAAAUUUGGGCUACAAGCUGGUUCCUGUAGCCACGUGCUUGGGAGACGAGGACCCAAGAACUUGGUACUCCCGAAUCGGACCUCCUUCUCCUAAUCCUCCUACCACCUGCACCAAGUAAAAAAGUAAAAGGAAAAAAGUCAGAAGAUAGAGAGAUACAUUUAUGACCUAAUUUAAGCAAUUUUUAUUUAUUAAAAAGAAAAA